AUGACGUCGUCAACAAGGCGGUACUCCUUCAGUCGUGAUAUUGAAUCGUUUGACGACUUGGACAACUCGCUAGAUCGUGCUUUGAAUAGUGCUACAAAUACCUUGCAACUACAGAAUGCUAACAAGCACAGUAGUCGAAAUAGUUCCAUCAAUUCGAAUGGAGGCAUACCCUUGCAAUCAAUAAGAUCAGACCACAGCGAUCAAGAUUAUAGUGGUGACAAUUCUCCCUUGAUAUCAAAUGCAUACCCAUACAGCGGACAUCAGUCAUCGCAUCAUUCAUCCAGUUCAUCAUUAAACCUAGCAGCAAGGUCAGUCUCAUCGAGAUUUAGACACUUUUUUCGAAAAUUUGUCUUUCUUUUCAAUGCUGCUAAACGUGAGCUAAAUGAGGAAAGAUUGAAAGUAUCAGGUGCAUCUGAUUUUAGGAUCAACAACUUGAGUGCAGAGAGAUACAUUUCUGCCAAGACGACAAACCUGAGAGCCAAUAACAUCUAUCCGUCAAACACCAUUUCCAAUGCAAAAUACAAUCCAAUCACCUUCAUACCAAUUAUUUUAUAUGAACAAUUCAAAUUCUUUUUCAAUCUAUAUUUUUUGGUGGUGGCAUUAUCACAAAUUGUACCGCAACUAAGGAUCGGUUACCUUUCUUCUUAUAUUGUGCCAUUAGCAUUUGUACUUUUUGUGACCAUGUUAAAAGAAGCAAGUGAUGACAUUACCAGACGUCGAAGAGACAGGGAGCAAAAUUACGAAGUUUACGAGGUAUUGAACCGCCUGCAGACCAAUCUAACAGCAGAACCAAAAUAUGUGGCAUCAAAGGAUUUGAGGGUGGGAGACAUUGUUCGAUUACACAAGGAUGUAAGAAUACCUGCAGAUAUGGUAUUGCUACAAUCAACGGAAAAAACUGGUGAAGUAUUCAUCAAGACCGACCAAUUGGAUGGUGAAACUGAUUGGAAAUUACGAGUUGCACCCAGUGUCACGCAGAACUUAUCCACCAUUAGUCAAAUCAUUGACUCAAUCUCGCUAAUCAUCGGGAAUCCAACAAAAUCGAUCCAUUCCUUCACUGGGCAAUUGGUUUACAAUCCGCCUACUUCAACAGGGACAACCUCACCAACAUCUUCCGAAACGUAUCCAUUAUCUGUUGAUCAAACCCUAUGGGCAAAUACAGUUUUGGCAUCGGGAACAGCGCUAGGUUUGGUUAUAUACACCGGGAUUGAGACACGACUUCUGAUGAAUACAACAAAAAGUGGUGUUAAGGUAGGUUUACUUGAAAUUGAAAUUAACAGUGUUUCCAAGAUCUUGUGUGCUGUUGUUUUUGCAUUAUCUGUUGCAUUGGUGCUUGCUCAUGGUUUACCUUUGAAGAAAACGUGGUAUAUCGAUAUUCUCCGAUUCUUGAUCUUGUUCUCAACCAUUAUCCCACUGUCGCUUCGUGUUAAUCUCGAUUUAGCAAAGUCAGUGUAUGCUUCACAGAUUCAAAACGAUCCAUCCAUCCCUGAUACAAUUGUGAGAACAUCAACUAUACCAGAGGAUUUGGGCAGAAUAGAGUAUCUUCUCAGUGACAAGACUGGCACGCUUACACGAAAUGAAAUGAAUUUGAAAAGGUUGCAUUUGGGAAGUGUUAGUUACACUAGUGAUACAUUUGAUAUCGUCUCUGAUUAUGUGAAAAACUUGAUAACCUACCUCAGCUCGCCUCAGUUUCUGCUGCGGAAGAAGGAUUUGGCAGCGAGAGUCUGUGAUUUAGUGUUGACAUUGGCGUUAUGUCAUAAUGUGACCCCGGUAUUUGAUGAUGACGUUGAGGAUACAACAUUUGGCGAGAUAACCUACCAGGCUGCGUCGCCAGAUGAAAUUGCUAUAGUUGAAUUUUGCGAGACUGUCGGAUUGAAAUUAUUUAAACGAGACAGGCACAAGAUUACCUUGAUGCAUGUACAUACGAGCCAAUUACUUGAAUUUGAGGUGUUGUAUAAUUUUCCAUUCAGCUCAGAGACAAAACGUAUGGGAAUUCUCGUCAAGAGUAAGUUCAGAGAUGAGGUGUGGUUUCUACAGAAGGGUGCAGAUACGGUGAUGUCCAAGAUUGUUGGAUCGAACGAUUGGCUUGAUGAAGAAACAGGAAAUAUGGCUCGAGAAGGUUUGCGUACGUUAGUUAUUGGUCGCAAAGUUUUGUCCACUAGUGUAUAUGAAGAUUUCUCGUCCAAUUAUAGAGAAGCUUCCCUUGCAAUGAAGGACCGAGACCAAACAAUGCAAAAGGUUGUUAGCUAUUAUUUGGAGCAAGAUUUAGAAUUGCUCGGAUUGACGGGUGUUGAGGAUAAAUUACAAACAGAUGUAAAGCCAUCAAUUGAAUUAUUGAGAAACGCAGGGAUAAAAAUUUGGAUGUUAACUGGUGAUAAAGUGGAGACCGCCAAAUGUGUUUCAAUUAGUGCGAGAUUAAUUUCGCGAGGUCAAUAUGUGCAUCAAGUCACUAAAUUGUCCGAUCCUGAUUUGGCAAUGGACCAAAUUGAAUAUUUGAGAACCAAUCCCAAUGCGUGUUUGCUCAUUGAUGGCGAGUCCUUGGCAAUCUACAUGAAGUAUUUCUGUGAUGAGUUUUUAGAAAUUGCGAUCAAAUUGCCAGCAGUGAUUGCAUGUCGGUGCUCACCACAACAGAAAGCUGAUGUCGCAAUUGAAAUCAGACGUGUCACUGGUAAACGUGUUUGUUGUAUCGGAGACGGUGGUAAUGAUGUUAGUAUGAUCCAGUGUGCUGAUGUUGGGGUAGGGAUCGUUGGUAAGGAAGGUAAACAAGCUUCUUUGGCUGCCGAUUUCAGUAUUGAUCAAUUUUGCUACUUGACCAAGUUGUUAUUAUGGCACGGAAGAAAUUCGUACAAGAGGUCGGCUAAAUUGGGUCAAUUUGUUAUCCAUAGAGGAUUGUUGAUAUCUGUGGCACAAGCGGUAUACUCCAUUUCAUCCAAAUUUGAACCUAUUGCAUUGUAUCAAGGUUGGUUAAUGGUGGGAUACUCUACUGUUUAUACCAUGGCCCCAGUGUUUUCACUCACUCUUGAUUGUGAUGUUGAUGAGCAUUUGACCAAAUUGUACCCGGAAUUAUACAAGGAGUUAACGUUGGGAAAAUCAUUGUCAUACAAGACGUUUUUUAUGUGGGUGUUUAUCUCCCUAUACCAAGGGUGUGUGAUUCAGUUAUUGUCUCAACAGUUUCAGACCAUUCUCCCGAAAAAGUUUACAACCAUGGUUGCGUUGUCGUUCUCUUGCUUAGUGUACAACGAGUUGUUUAUGGUUGGGCUUUCAGUUAAUCGAUGGAAUAAAAUAAUGGCGGCAACCAUUGUGGUGACAUUCUUGGCGUACGUUGGAUCGAUUCCAAUGUUGUCGGAAUACUUUGAUUUGCAGUAUAUUAGCUCGGUUACUUAUUUGUGGCAGACUUUGGUAAUUUUGAGUGUAAGUUUGUUCCCGGUUUGGCUAGUACAGUUUUUGAAUAGAAGGUUGAGACCACCAACUUAUGCAAAAGUACAACAAGAUUGA